GCGCGGUACCGGGCUGGCGGCCGGCCGGCGCCCCCUCAUUAGUAUGCGGACGAAGGCGGCGGGCUGCGCGGAGCGGCGUCCCCUGCAGCCGCGGACCGAGGCAGCGGCGGCACCUGCCGGCCGAGGCACUGUGAAGACAGUGGUGUGCAAAGCAGAGACCCCUGCUUGUAUGGAAUCUGCAUUCUAGUGGGGGAGACACGACAAACGUGUAAUUCAAAAGUAAAAAACUUAUGAAGAAUCACGUCUCAUGAUUAGUGUUAUAAAGAAAAAAGAAAGCAUGCAUACAGGAAUAUCCACAUAAGCAAUUUUGCAAUGCCAAGUGAGUACACCUAUGUGAAACUGAGAAGUGAUUGCUCGAGGCCUUCCCUGCAAUGGUACAGCCGAGCUCAAAGCAAGAUGAGAAGGCCCAGCUUGUUAUUAAAAGACAUCCUCAAAUGCACAUUGCUUGUGUUUGGAGUGUGGAUCCUUUAUAUCCUCAAGUUAAAUUAUACUACUGAAGAAUGUGACAUGAAAAAAAUGCAUUAUGUGGACCCUGACCGUGUAAAGAGAGCUCAGAAAUAUGCUCAGCAAGUCUUGCAGAAGGAAUGUCGUCCCAAGUUUGCCAAGACAUCAAUGGCACUGUUAUUUGAGCACAGGUAUAGCGUGGACUUACUCCCUUUUGUGCGGAAGGCCCCCAAAGACAGUGAAGCUGAGUCCAAGUACGAUCCUCCUUUUGGGUUCCGGAAGUUCUCCAGUAAAGUCCAGAACCUCUUGGAGCUCUUGCCAGAGCACGACCUCCCUGAACACUUGAAAGCCAAGACCUGUCGGCGCUGUGUGGUUAUUGGAAGCGGAGGAAUACUGCACGGAUUAGAACUGGGCCACACCCUGAACCAGUUCGAUGUUGUGAUAAGGUUAAACAGUGCACCAGUCGAGGGAUAUUCAGAACAUGUUGGAAAUAAAACUACUAUAAGGAUGACUUAUCCAGAGGGCGCACCACUGUCUGACCUUGAAUAUUAUUCCAAUGACUUGUUUGUUGCUGUUUUAUUUAAGAGUGUUGAUUUCAACUGGCUUCAAGCAAUGGUAAAAAAUGAAACCCUGCCGUUCUGGGUACGACUCUUCUUUUGGAAGCAGGUGGCAGAAAAAAUCCCACUGCAGCCAAAACAUUUCAGGAUUUUGAAUCCAGUUAUCAUCAAAGAGACUGCCUUUGACAUCCUUCAGUACUCAGAGCCUCAGUCAAGGUUCUGGGGCCGAGAUAAGAACGUCCCCACAAUCGGUGUCAUUGCCGUUGUCUUAGCCACACACCUGUGCGAUGAAGUCAGUUUGGCAGGUUUUGGAUAUGACCUCAAUCAACCCAGAACACCUUUGCACUACUUCGACAAUCAGUGCAUGGCUGCUAUGAACUUUCAGACCAUGCAUAAUGUGACAACGGAAACCAAGUUCCUCUUAAAGCUGGUCAAAGAGGGAGUGGUGAAAGACCUCAGCGGAGGCAUUCAUUGUGAAUUUUGAACACAGAAAACCUCAGUUGAAAAUGCAACUCUAACUCUGAGGGCUGUUUUUGACAGCCUUCUUGAUGUAUUUCUCCAUCCUGCAAAUACUUUGAAGUGCAGCUGAUGUUUUUAACUUUUAAUUUAAAAACACAAAAAAAAUUUUAGCUCUUCCCACUUUUUUUUCCUAUUUAUUUGAGGUCAGUGUUUGUUUUUGCACACCAUUUUGUAAAUGAAACUUAAGAAUUGGAAAGACUUCUCAAAGAGAAUUGUAUGUAAUGAUGUUGUAUUGAUUUUUAAGAAAGUAAUUUAAUUUGUAAAACUUCUGUUCGUUUACACUGCACAUUGAAUACAGAUAACUAAUUGGAAGGAGAGGGGAGGUCACUCUUUUGAUGGUGGCCCUGAGCCUCAUUCUGGUUCCCUGCUGGGCUGCUUGGUGUGACCCACAGAGGAUCCACUCCCAGGAUGACGUGCUCCAUAGCUAUGCUGCUGAAACGGUCUGCAACGCAGCGGCGUGAGGCCUGGGCUGGUCGGAGAAGGUCACAGCCCUUCUCUGUUGGUCUGCCUUCUGCCGAAAGACUCGAGAACCAACCAGGGAAGCUGUCCUGGAGGUCCCUGGUCGGGGAGGGACAUAGAAUCUGUGUCCUCUGACAACUGUGAAACCACCCUGGGCUGCAGAAACCACAGUCUUCCCAGCAAUUAUUACAAUUCUUGAAUUCCUUGGGGAUUUUUUACUGCUCUUUCAAAGCACUUAAGUGUUAGAUCUAACAUGUUCCAGUGUCUGUCUGAGGUGACUUAAAAAAUCAGAACAAAACUAUUAUCCAGAGUCAUGGGAGAGUACACCCUUUCCAGGAAUAAUGUUCUGGGAAAUACUGAAAUGAAAUCUUCCCAGUAUUAUAAAUUGUGUAUUUAAAAAAAAGAAACUUUUCUGAAUGCCUACCUGGCGGUGUAUACCAGGCAGUGUGCCAGUUUAAAAAGAUGAAAAAGAAUAAAAACUUUUGAGGAGCUCUCGUAGUCAGGUUAAUUUGGGUGCUUAUGUCUAUGAAUCUACCCAAAACCUCCUUCUUGGAUGCUGCUGCUAGGUGGAGACCUCUGUGUGGAUGCCAGUAGUGAGGGACAGAGAAUUAAGGCGCCUGGUCCUGCCAGCUGCUUGAGUCCAGACAACUGUGAACCCUUCUGGAGAGAUGCUGGGUGUCGGUGGCUUCCUCCCCGAGGACAGGCUGCCCCUAGCUUCUGUCUCUUAAUGGCUCUAGCCUCUGAUAUCGGAAGAUCUGCUACUCUGUUCCCAGCCUGCCCCAGACUCGGCUGCCGCCAUCGCUGUUCUCCACUCUGUGGCUGCUCUUGUCACUAAUGCUACCUCCUUCCACUUUCCCUUCCUGCAACUGCUUGUGCAGCCCCAGUGCAGCCUUGGCCCCCAGCCCAUUCCAACGUCUUCCCAUCUCCCUCCUCCUCACCAUAUGCAGGGCCAGGAGUCAGAUCAUAGCAUUCAAAGCAGAGUCCCUUCAGUCUCCAGGGGUCUGGGAUCCAGCUCAGAGUGGCCAGGAGAGCAAAAGUCAUACUUCUCUGGUUUUGUGUCUUUACAAAUAAUUUUGUAUGAAUUUUAUUUCCUACUCUAUAAGCUACUGCUUGUUUAAGAGAAAAUGUUUUAAGAUUAUCACCCAUCAAAUGAGUUUAGAAAAUUUGAGACUCUGGAAGAUGGUCCACAGCUCCCUUUUGGCUCAGGUGGGGCUGGGCUUACACCACACAGCUCCACCCCUACAUCCCUCGGGGUUAUUGGAGAAGCCGGAACUUCCUCAGACAAUGUUCUUAAUGCUACUUUCUUAAUGCUGCGAGCACCUCCUUGCUGGUAUGAGGAGACUUGCCUACCUGCUUCUCAAGGUUUCAGGGAUGUGUGGUGCUCAAAGCUUCCACUUGGUCAGCUUGCAGCAACUCUCAGGCCCACUCCCAUCCCCAUCCCUCCUCCCUGUAAGGCCCUUCUUGCAUCCUUAGGUUGCUUUGCUCAUGUCUCUCAACUUUUACUUACUCAGGUGGUAAGUAGAUACCCUAAAAAGGCAUAUUUUUGUAGACCUUUUAUAGAGUCCACCAGCCAAUAGGAGUUGGCUGGAGAUCAUUCUCAAGAACUUUUCACACUUUGGCAUUCAUUUGUUGGAAGUUUCAUCUUCAUUUCAGAGCUGCGCCCCAUUACUCCCCUACCCCACGCACACUCUUCUGAAAACAGACCUUUGCUAGGUGCCUCUGGGUGUUUUAAAGUUGAUUUCCAGUAACUGAGAAUUCACUGCCACUCUAACAGCUUUGUAUUGCAUUCUAGACCUGCACACACACCCUCUGACAUAAAUGCAAUCACUGGUUCUGAGGCAAUUUAGGAAGACUUAUACAUGUUCUGUAUUUUAACAUACUUCUAGAACUUUGAGCUGCAGAAAAUUUCAGUUUUAGGGGUUUUUUAUUUUAAUUUUUGAUUGAUACAUAGUUGAUGUACAUAUUUUGAGGGUCCAUGUGAUAAUUUAAUACAUUCAUGUAAUUAUAAGGAGCAAAUCUGUGUAACUGGGAUAUCUGUCACAUUAAAUAUUUGUCUUUAUGGUAGAAACAUUUGAAUUAUUCUAGUGAUUUUGAAAUACACAGUAAAUUAUUGUAAACUAUAGGCAUUCUACUGACCUAUCAAACACUAGGUCUUGUUUCUUUUAUCAAGCUCUAUAUUUGUACCCAUUAAUCAACCUCUCUUCAUUUCCCCCUACCCUUCUUGGCCUCUGGUAACUACAAGUCUACUCUCUAUCUUCAUGAGAUCCACUUUUUUAGCUCCUACAUAGGAAUGAGAACAUGUGAUAUUUGUCUUUCUGUGUUUGGCUUAUUUCACUUAACAUCACCUCCAGUUCCAUCCAUCUUGCUGCAAAUAACAAGACUUCAACCUUUUUAUGGCAGAAUAAUAUCCAUUGUGUAUAUAUACCACAUUUUCUUUAUUCAUUCACCCAUUGACGGACACUUAGGUUGAUUUCAUGUUUUGGCUAUGUGAAUAGUGCUGCAAUAAAUAUGGGAGUAUAGAUAUCUCUUCAA